AAAGAUAAGAGCUUGGCUUGUGGUUGUGAGAGAGGUGAAGAAAAAAGUGAAGCUUUGGAAAUGGAGAAGUACUUUGGGAACGCGUAUAGAGGUGACCCUGGAGUGCCCCAUGCUACUGCGGACCGGUUCGUGAAUAUAUGGAUAGGGUCGGCUGCUUUCUCUGUACUCACUUGGUUCAACCCCUACAUGUGGCAGCUCUCAAACCAAUUCAAUUGGCAUGACAGAACAAUGAUAUUCGAACACUACCAUUGGAAGAAAGCAAAGGCAAAGAAUCAACCAUACAAAUUCAAGUGGAAUGAGAAGGACAAGGAUUUUAGGGACUCCUACUACUACAAUUGGCCUGUCUACUUCCCUUAGUUCUUCAUUUGUGUAGGCAUGCUCUUUGAUAUGUGGUUUGCACAAACCUGCUGAAAAGUUUGUUUUUCUUUAUCGCUCUCUUCUUCUGGACUCAUUAUGCUGUUUUAUUCGCCCAUUCGUAUUUUGGUGGACAUUAAAUCUUUCGAGUAAUAACAGGAUCUUUUGUC